AUGAAUAGUAAGGAAUUAAAGUCCACCAACCAAAAUGACAACACAUUUGAAACAUUCAAAUUGUAUGUUUCGGGUGACGAUAAGUCUACUCAAAAACCACACCAAAACUCAAGUCAUGGAGGAAUUCACUUAAUUGGUUGGGAUUGGGAUAAGAAUAAAAAUGUGUGGCUCUUCUGUCUAUUCCUAUUGAUGGCAGCGAUCGCUAAGAUUGGCUAUCAUUUCAGCAAUUUUUUGAACAAUAUUAUCCCCGAGUCGUGGUAUGAGUUGACUAAAUCUAAUCUCUUCUCUCAUUUAACUUCAUUGCAAGCGUCCAAAGAAGUGCCACAAUUUACUGUCGACCUCUUCUUCUUUGUUUUGCUUCCGCCACAUAAACCCGAUUCUGCAAGUUGUGUCUGUGUUUACAAUAGAAUAAUCCUGGAAUCGGCCUAUUCUUUGCAUGACAUCGCUUUCCUCACAAACCUGGGCUCGAUAUUGGGCACUUUUAUCAACAUUGCACUGAUAGGUCCGUCACUGUAUUUGAUUAAAUUACUGCCACUAAAAUGGUUGGCCUUUCCGCCCGACAUCUCAUUCUUGGAGCUCAUGGUCUUUGGCACAGCUAUUAGUGCCGUCGAUCCCGUCUCUGGCACUUUUAUCAACAUUGCACUGAUAGGUCCGUCACUGUAUUUGAUUAAAUUACUGCCACUAAAAUGGUUGGCCUUUCCGCCCGACAUCUCUUUCUUGGAGCUCAUGGUUUUUGGCACAGCUAUUAGUGCCGUCGAUCCCGUCUCUGUUUUGGCCAUAUUUCAAGACCUGUCUGUUAACAAAUCGCUAUACUUUAUAGUGUUUGGAGAAUCUCUACUGAAUGAUGCUGUGGUGAUUGUUGUUCACCGGAUAUUGUGUUCAAUGUUAGGCCAGACUAGUGUCGAAGGCAUACAAUUCCUGUGGGGUUUUAUAUCACUCUUUUUGGUCAGUUGUGGCGGAUUUUUCAUUGGAGUCUCUUUUGGUGUCUUCACAUCAUUAAUAACACUCAAAACAACUCAUGUCAGAGAGCCGUUGAUUGUGGUGACUAUGGCUUACAUGGGUUUCAUAUGCGCCGAAAUCGUGCACUUUUCGGGACUAAUUAGUCUAAUUGGAUGCGGACUCGUUCAGUCGGAAUAUACAUUCAAAAAUAUAUCCAAAAAAUCGCGUACAACUGUCAAAUACUUUACUAAAACAUUA